CUGGUCCUCUCCUCAACUUCCUGUUGUCAGAACUAAGACCAAAACAUUAUUCACUAAAUCAGUCAAAUCAUAUUCAUAGUUGUAUUUAUUAGGUGCACCUUUAUUUUAAUUAAAUGCUGAUAACGAAUAUGUAAAUUGAUAACCCAUCGAACUAUAAAUGAUGACAACGGUGAAAUACAAAUUAUAUUAAAGAGAGGGUCCUUGAAGAGUACAGCCAAGCUGCAUUCAAGGGCUCCUGAUGAAGGUGUGUAGGUAAUACUUUGAGAGCCUUGUAAGACACCAUGUCUGAAGAGGCCAUUUCAGAAAGUGACCUGGAGUCCAGCCUUAACAGUGAAGAAGAGUGUUUGGAAAAUGAGGAGGAGGAGGAAGAAGACAACGAGGACAAUGAGGACAUGGAAGAAGUUGAGGAUGAAAAUGAUGGAGACGAUGAAGAAGAUGAUAGUGUUGAACGGCCUGCGAGUGCAGAGAGCAGGACAGACGCUGCUCAGGAUGGCAGGGACUCCACUUCAACUACCUCCGGGGAGCCAUCCCCAGAGUCUCCGUCUCAGCCUGCGGGAGCUGGAGGGAGCCCAUCCUCCAGGGCUCCCUCCAGACCUGCGUCUCGUUCUCAGCCUCCACCUAGCCCAGAAAACUCAAGCCAGAGCAAGCCACCUUCUAGCAAAACAAAAAAACAUAAAGCCUCGAAAUUAACCAAAUCUUCUAAGUCUUCAAAAGGCUCCAAGUCAUCUAAGCCUACACACAUGAGGAAGAAUAUCAGAAAGCUGCUGAAAGAGAAUCAGCUGGAGGCUGGGACCAAGGCUGCUCAACAGGAGGAGAUGGACAGGAGGAAGCGUUUGGAGCAGCAGAGGAAGGACUUCCCUACAGCAGCCUCAACUGUCCCAGACUCUCAGCUAGUCGACACUGAUUCAAUUUUAGGGGAAGUGUCUCACCUGGUCCCUGCUCUCCUGAGCCAGCAGGAUGUGAUCUGUCUGGAUAGCAGUGAUGAUGAUGAUGAUGAUGAAGAUGACAAAGUGGACCCUAAGCUGCCUGCACUUGCGAUUAGAGAUGAUAUAAUUGAGCUUAGUUCUGGGGAUGAGGACACCCUGCAGAUCAGCAGUGAGUCGACCGAUGAGGAUGCUGAUGGCGCCGCCUCAGAGGAGAGCAGCGGGGCACAUAUCAACGAUGCUAUGAAUCUGCCUGAUGCCCAGGGUCAAGUGCUGGUUAAUAUCAGCCACCCUGCAGAGGAGAAAGACAUUUACCUUGCUCCACAGCUGGCUAGGGCUGUCAAACCUCACCAGAUUGGGGGAAUCCGGUUUCUCUAUGAUAACCUCAUUGAAUCACUGGAGCGGUAUAAGACCAGCAGUGGCUUUGGCUGCAUUCUUGCUCACAGCAUGGGGUUGGGCAAGACACUGCAGGUCAUUUCCUUCACCGACAUCCUACUGAGGAAUACUGAGGCUCACACUAUGCUGGUCAUUGUUCCUGUGAACACACUUCAGAACUGGCUGACGGAGUUUAACCUCUGGCUCCCACCACAAGAAGCUCUUUCCCCUGACACUGAUCCGGCAGUCUCCACAGGCCGCACAUUCACAGUUCACAUUCUAAACGAUGAGCACAAAACGACGUUGGCCAGGGCCAAAGUUGUGGAGGAGUGGUCCAGAGAUGGAGGGGUGUUGCUGAUGGGUUAUGAGAUGUACCGUUUGCUGUCCAUGAAAAAGAGCUUUGUAAUGGGCAAGAAGAGGAAAUCAAAGAAGCCAGCAGGACCAAUCAUCAUUGAUCUGGAUGAAGAAGAUAGACAGCAGGAACUCAUGAAAGGUAUUGAAAGGGCCAUAGUGCGGCCUGGCCCAGAUGUGGUGAUAUGUGACGAAGGUCAUCGUAUUAAAAACUAUCAUGCAAGCACAUCACAGGCUCUGAAGAACAUCCGCUCCCGGCGCAGAGUCGUCCUGACCGGUUACCCGUUGCAGAACAACCUCAUUGAAUACUGGUGCAUGGUGGACUUUGUUAGGCCUGACUUUUUAGGCACACGCCAGGAAUUCAGCAACAUGUUUGAGCGUCCCAUUCUGAACGGGCAGUGCGUGGACAGCACUCCUCAAGAUGUCCGCUUGAUGCGCUACCGUAGCCACGUGCUGCACAGCCUGCUGGAAGGUUUUGUCCAGAGACGAGGUCAUGAUGUGCUGAGAGACCAGCUUCCCUCCAAGGACGAGCACGUGAUCUUGGUGCGGCUCUCUCCCAUUCAGAGGGCGCUGUAUACCGAGUUCAUGAAACGCUUUCGAGAAGCAGGGAACAGUGGCUGGCUUGGUCUAAACCCACUCAAAGCCUUUUGUGUGUGCUGCAAGAUCUGGAAUCACCCAGAUGUCCUCUAUGAAGCCCUGCAGAAGGAGAAUUCUGCCAACGAGCAGGACCUGGACCUCGAUGGCAUCACUCCAGCUAGUAACCCCCGCUGUCCUGCGCCGGGUGCUGGCCUAAAAGCCAAAGGGGCAGACUCAAGCAACAGCAAAGUCAACAACACCGUGCCACAACUCAAUGCCUCUCAGGAAAGAGCCAAUCAAGUCAUCACAUAUGACUGGGCAAAGGGCAUAAUGUCAAACUACCACACCGGAGUUCUGGAGAACUCUGCCAAGAUGAUUCUGCUCUUCCACUUGAUUGAUGAGAGUGUAAGAAAAAGAGACAAGAUGUUGAUCUUCAGUCAAAGUUUGACCACCCUGACGGUGAUGGAGGACUUCUUAUCAAAGAGACCGAUGCCGCCAGGCAUCGCCUCCUCUGACGCCCAGAGCCAAAACUGGGUUCGCAAUGUCAAUUACUACAGACUGGAUGGGAGUACAUCUGGCUCAGAAAGAGAGCGACUUAUAAAUCAGUUUAAUGACCCAGACAACCGCAAAACAUGGAUCUUCCUCCUUUCUACAAAAGCGGGCUGCUUGGGGGUAAAUCUGAUUGGGGCCAACCGUGUGGUUGUGUUUGAUGCCUCCUGGAACCCAUGUCAUGAUGCUCAGGCGGUGUGUAGGGUGUACCGCUAUGGUCAGAAGAAACCCUGCUACAUUUACCGCUUUGUCUGUGAUUUCACCUUGGAGAAAAAGAUUUACGACAGACAAGUCUCCAAACAGGGCAUGUCUGACCGUGUGGUUGAUGACCUGAACCCAGUGCUGAACUUCACUCGUAAGGAAGUGGACUCGCUGCUGCAUUUUGUAGAAGAGGAACCUGAAAGAAUUUCCCUGGAAUCCCAGGAUGAAUUUGAAAUUGUGAUGUAUCAAGCGUGUCAGCUUUACCCACACCUCAUCACCAGGUCUCCUUUUCCUCACGAGUCUCUGCUGGUGGAUCGGAAGGAGUCGAAACUGACCAAAGCAGAGAAGAGAGCCGCCAAGAAGAGCUAUGAGGAUGAGAAACGAGCCUCUGUGCCCUACUCGCGUCCAUCUUACGCCCCCUAUUACCCAACCAGUGACCAGACGCUCACAAACAUACCAGCAUUUAACCAACGCGGCUGCCCUCAUAUUUUCAGGCGUCCCAUGGCACGGCCAGAUGACAAGCCUGUGGCAAGUGUCAGGCCCAUCCAGUCAACCCCAAUCCCCAUGAUGCCUCGCCAGGUCGGCAUGGGCAUGGCUGGCUCGAGCUCUGCCGGCAGCCUGCCCGUCAACUUCCUGCAGAAAGCUGGAGUUUAUGUGCAGAGAAUUGUCACCACAACUGAUAUUGUAAUCCCAGGAGCCAACAGCUCAGCCGAUGUUCAAGCUCGAAUUAGUGCAGGAGAGAGCAUCCAUGUUAUCAGAGGAUCAAAAGGUACCUACAUUAGGACAAACGAUGGACGGAUUUUUGCUAUUCGAUCUGGAAAGAUCAGUAGGCCAGCAGUCGGGGGCUCUGCUGCUUCAAUGGACACCCAGGGUUCCCUGAUCCAUCCACUCAGUAAUGGCUGUUCAUCGCCUGUGGAUCAACAGCAGGGCUCCCCCAACGGGGAGCAGCGGCCCUCCUCUCCCUUAAGCUCUGAGAUUCUCAGAGAGCUCAGCCGCUACGCUUCAUCCACAGAUGAUGCCACCGCUGGCAUGGGGAAUGAAUUGCCAUCACCGUCAGAAAUGUUGGCUUUAACAGCAGGGAAUGAAGGCAAUUUGCAAAACAAUCAGACUGGUGAUCUCAAUAGGCAGCUCAGUGAUGACCUCUUGAGCUCGGCUUUAGAGAUGCGUGGCAGCAAGCGCCGGAGUACUGAAAUCCAGGGCAACGCACAAAUGGGAGGCAAGCGCACUUCUGCUGCAGCACGUUUCCCUGGACUGUCCAUGGGCUCCGGUGGGCUCAGUUUUUCCCCUGUUGGUCUGAACUCCUCCUCCCUACUGGGGAACCUAGGUCACAUGAGUCAUCCACUUCUGAUGGGUGGUAGCAGUGGAUCGUCAUUCCUUCAGACAACAGGACAAACCCUGGCUGACCUACAGACCAUGUUCCCCUCUGCAGGCUCAGACCUACUAAGACAGUCUGCCACAGGAAACGGACACCUUCCCACCCCCUCUUCAUCCGCUAUGUCAACUGGUUUCUCCUCAGCUUCCACCACCAUCCCUAUGGCAUCAACACCCUCGGCAGCCACUUCUUCCUCCCUGGUGUCCGGGUCUCUGCCUCCGUACCUGAUGAAUCCCAACAUGGCUGGACUGCUUUCAUCGGGUUUCCCCCUCAACUACAGUCAGUCGCUGCUCUCUGAGUCGAGGAUGUUUCCUACCCCUCUCCUCUCUGGGUCAGGGGGAUUCCCCACGCCUAACUCCAGCUCUACUACAUCCAGUUUCCUCUCCCAUUUCAACAAUCCCACUUCCAGUCUGUUGGGAGCAGCUCUGACUCAGCCGGACAUGCAUCAGAGUACAGAGAACGGCGGCAGCAGUUCUGAUGACGACGUUAUAGAGGUGACGGGGCAGUAGAGAGUCAGUUUCACAGAGUUUUAUCAAUCAUGGCAAACAUAAAUUAGGGAUGGGAAUGAUUACACUGUUACGAAAUGAACUAAAUGGAUUCUGUUACAGUAUCUACUCAAACCUAUAAACUUAUGAUUGAUGGUUAGAUGCAUUGUGAUAUUCUGAAUAUGUGAGCACAUCAGAAUGCAAGUAGACAUGAAAGGGAAAAAAGUGGACUACGUAACUAAACAAUCACCUUUUUAAUUAGGAUGAAGUUAGAAAGAACUAUUCAGUUAAAUGUGUUUUGGCCUUGCUGUUCAUUAACUUAGCUGCAUUCCCAUUCCUAAUGGUCUCAUUAAACUACACAGACACACACAUACUCUCACCUGCAAAUGAGAGAAUCUACUUGUACCUUAAUGACUUUACAAAGUAAGAGUAACACAUCCUUAUGCUGAAUAUCCCAGAAUUGUUGAACUGGAGCAUCAGAGCAGUCGGAACAGACAACUGUCGUUCGGUGACCAGCUGAAUCUUUCGGGCGCACACUGUUCUACUUUGAAGCACGGCCUCUUAGUGCUGUUAGUUGUAUUUCCCCUGAAUUCAAAUAGAAUAAUGUGAUAACUC